AUGAUGGCGGCUCAGCAAAUGCCGGCGAAUCCAUUCCAACUCCGUCUUACUUCCACCCAAAUUGAGGACGCAAAGAGAGAAUGGAGCCAAGCGUCAUCCAAUGACAGAGAUAUUGCUACGAAGGCCGCAAAGUCGCUCUGUGAGGAAUUCAUGAAAACCGAAGAAUACAAAAGUGGAGACACGGACUAUUUCGGUUACGUGACUUGCUGCGAUAUGAUGGCCUACUGUGGCGGUGUGGGGGCUUGGGUCUACGUCCUUAUCGUGAUCGGCAUUCUGAUCUGCUUAUCCGGCUCAGCGGGAGCAUUUUUCUUCUUCUACUUCAACAGAAAAAGGGGAGGUCGUGAUGAAGAGAAGGAUAUCGAGUCGAGUGACAACAUUGUCAAUACCGGACAUGAUACCUCUGUGAAGACUGACAAAACCAAAAGCGAACAGGAAAUUUCCGUGGAGACUUAUUGA